UAGUGGGUUUGAGGCACACCGGGUCUACAUGCAGGAGGUGUCUGGAGAAUAUUGUGAGGUGUAACCUACAAAUGAUGUGAAGAAGGAUUGCCUUUUAUUUCGUUUUUAUUUCGUUUCACAGAGCCCUGGAUAUACAUUUUCUUCGUUUGGAAUACAUUUUUAAUACAGUCAAUGUUAUUGACUUGAUGUUGGAUCCAGUUAAACUUUUCUUCGCUAUCCGACAUUGCUCAAUGCAUUCCUCUUUAGACCGACGGUUUUAUGGACUUCUGUAUUAGCUAAUGAUGUCUAUGGGUUUCAUGCCUGAUCGUUUGAAUGCUUCAGACCCCUCCAAAUCCGCAUUUUUAGAGUUUGGGUACGAGCACCCUGCGCACCAGCAGCAUUCCCAAGGAAUCUCUCACAUCUACCCCGUUAAUGGCUUACAUUCUGCCGGACAUUCUCAACACGGUAGUCCCUUCUCUCCCAGCGGGUCCUCUUAUGGCCGCUCCCUGGGCUACGCCUACCCCAGCGCGGUGAACAGUCAUCCCCCAAGUGCCUACAUGCCCUACCAGCACAACAAUCACAGUUUGGCGCACUCCAGAUUAGAGGAGACAGACCAUGAGAAGUCUACAGUGAUUGAGAAUGGGGAAAUUCGCCUGAAUGGUAAAGGAAAGAAAAUACGCAAACCUCGGACCAUCUACUCCAGUCUGCAGCUACAGGCGCUCCACCAGAGGUUUCAGCAGACACAAUACCUGGCCUUACCCGAGCGCGCGGAUUUGGCGGCAAAAUUAGGGCUGACCCAAACACAGGUGAAAAUAUGGUUUCAAAACAAGCGCUCGAAAUAUAAGAAAAUAAUGAAGCACGGCAGCGGACUGGAGGGUGAACAUCUCCACAGUACGUCAUCUAUCUCUCCCUGUUCACCCGGCAUGCCCCAACUUUGGGAGGUGUCAAUGGCAAACAAAGGGACCCCUAUGCACCCCAACAAUUACAUGAACAAUUUUGGUCACUGGUACCCAAACCAUCACCAGGAUCCUAUGUGCAGACCUCAAAUGUUAUGAGCGAACCAUCUUAACACAUUGCGCGGUGCUGUAAAACACCACACACACAGCCAUUUAGAACAUUUUAAAGGCCUAAAGGCCUAUAGGCUGCCUAUACCCAAACGCAAACGUGUUUCGUCUAUCAAGUUUGAAUUGUGUGUAUACGUGUGUUAAAUGGAAAUUGUAUUUUUUUUUCUUUUAUUGCAGUGUAUGUUUUUGGAUGAAGAUUUGUUAUGUAGGCCUAUGGUUAUUUCGUAUGUGUCCACUUUACGCACUGUUCUUUAGAUUGGAACGGCUUUGGUGAGAAUUGUGCUGGCAGGUGCGUAUGAUUUGAUUCCAGCAGGGUACAUGUACCUGAAUAUGUGUGUCGACUGGUUAUGACCGUUUUAUUGAUGUGAUUAACAGGAGUGCCCCAGUCCACGUUUGGAUUGCUAGUCUCAGCAAUUAUGAACUCAUUAUGCAUAAUAAAUGUCAGAUUUGUUUGAUAAAAACUGUA